AUGGCUAAUAAAGAAUAUACAAUUUAUGGAUUAGAUUGUUCUUCAUAUAUGAACACAACGCAGCCAAAUGAAACAGCAUCAGAUUUUCAAUUAGGUUUAAAUUAUAUAAUUUCAAAUUUGGUUUCAAAUGCAAUGAAGAACCGUAAAUCAGAUAGAUUUGGAAUAUUAAUAUACAACUCAUCAUCAUUUAAAUUAUUAUAUACCGAUGGUCAAAUUGAAUUAACAAUACUCAAAAAGUGGUACAAUACAAUCAAAGACUUCCAUGAUCAAAGUGUAGCUAAGGGAGGACAUUUUGAUUUAAUAUCUGCUUUGAAUGAAAUCAUUAAUCAAUUUAAAAUCACGACACAUUUGAAAUAUUUCAGAAGUGUUAUAUUUUUAACUAAUGGUGUUAUGAAACUCAAAAAAGAUUAUGAUUCAAGUACUUUGCGGUCAUUCUUAUCUGAUGUUAAAAUUGAUAUUAAUUUUAUAUUAUUUCCUAAUUUUCAUACUGAUAAUUUAAUUGAGCUUAUUAAAACCUUACCAAAUACAAACCUAUCAAAUUGGGAUGAGUUUAUUAAAUUAGGACCAUCUUCAAAAUUAAUCAAUCCGAUAGUUAAAACAACUACGAAUUUAUCUUUUAGUGAUUUAAAUUUAAAUGUUCAAGUUUAUCCAGCUAUAAAAAAACAGAACUCAAUUCAUGGACAUGAGUAUUACAAUAAAGAACUGGAUACAAUUACAAAAGUCGAAAAAACAUCUGAAUAUUACAUUAGUAAUGAAUUGGAUAUUGAAGAGGAAUUAGAAAAAGAAGGUGAUGAAGAAGUGAGUAAUGAUGUAGAAAGAGAAAUCAUUGAUAAAUUAGAAGCUUCAAAUGGGUUCAAAAUUUCAAAUCUUGAAGUUGUUGCCUUAGUUGAUGAAUUAAUAGAUGUAUCAACUUUAAAGACUCAACCAUCAAUAAACAUAAUUGGAUUUAUAAAAUUUAAUAAUUUAAAAUUGAGUUAUUUAACAGAUGAAUCCUUAUAUGUAAUUCCAAACUCAUCAUCAUUCAAUCAGAAAAACAAAAUAGGAUUCAAUUCAUUAAUUAAAUCAUUAUUAGAAAUGGAUUAUGUUGCAUUAGUAAGAUACGUACCUAAGUCAAACUCAGAGGUUGAAUUAUGUGCUGCUUACCCACAAAGAGUGAUUUUAAAGAGUGGAAAAUUUAGUUAUAUAUUAAUGUUGGUUAGAUUAGCAAUGAAAGAAGAUGAAAAAAGAGGUAGAUUUUAUCCAUUACAUAAAUUACAAGAAAAUGAAGAUGAGAAGAAACUUGAACGGAUCGACUCCUUAAUGGAAAAUUUCAUCAAGAGUAAGAAGAUUCGAAACGAUGAUGAAUUUAUUAAGAAUACUUUAAAUAAUGAUAAGAUAAGACAGACGAAAUCAUCAAAUUCAACUAAUCCAAUUGACGCAAAUACGUCAUUAGAAUCAAUUUUAUUAUCUACUAAUCCUGCAACUAAACGAUUUAAUCAUUAUUUAAAUAAAACAAUUUUGAAAUGGAUGGAUUCAGAACUCAAUCUAAUUAACUUUUCAAAACAAGAUAAAUUUAUUGAAAAGUAUUUAACGGUUGAUGAAAAAUACACAUUAUUUAAUAUGGAUAAUAUUUUGGAUGCAAAUGAAAGUUACUUCUUGGAUAAAAAAGAAGAAGAUAAGGAUUAUGAAAGAAAGUUAAUGGAGGAGUUGAAUAUUAAAUAUAAAUUGCAAAGUAAAGAUAAAGUUGUUGAAAAGAAACGUGUUUAUGAUUUUUAUGGUGAUUUAAAUGAAGCUCAUGGUGAUUAUGAUGAAUAUUUUGAUAUUGAUGAUAUUUUGAAGUAG